GGACAUGGCGGCGCCGGGAGGGGGCUCCGCCAGCUGCGGCUGCUGAUCCGGCCGCCGCGUCCCCCUGCCCGCCCGUCCCUCCCCGCCCAUGGGCGAGACAUGGACUACGAGUUCAAGUCGAAGCUGGCGGCCGAGCGCGAGCGGGUGGAGGACCUGUUCGAGUACGAGGGAUGCAAGGUGGGCAGAGGCACCUACGGGCACGUCUACAAGGCCCGCCGCAAGGACGGAAAAGAUGAAAAGGAGUAUGCACUGAAGCAAAUUGAAGGUACAGGGAUAUCCAUGUCGGCCUGUAGAGAGAUUGCACUUUUACGAGAGUUGAAGCACCCAAAUGUGAUUGCAUUGCAGAAGGUUUUCCUUUCUCACAGUGACAGAAAGGUUUGGCUGCUGUUUGAUUAUGCUGAGCAUGACUUGUGGCAUAUUAUCAAGUUUCACCGUGCCUCAAAAGCAAAUAAAAAACCCAUGCAGUUGCCAAGAUCUAUGGUUAAAUCCCUACUCUACCAGAUCCUCGAUGGAAUCCAUUACCUCCAUGCAAACUGGGUGCUUCACAGAGAUCUGAAACCAGCAAACAUUCUGGUAAUGGGGGAAGGUCCUGAAAGAGGAAGAGUCAAAAUAGCUGAUAUGGGUUUUGCAAGAUUGUUUAACUCACCUCUGAAGCCAUUGGCAGACUUGGAUCCGGUUGUGGUGACAUUCUGGUACAGAGCUCCAGAGCUGUUACUUGGGGCCAGACAUUACACAAAGGCCAUUGAUAUUUGGGCAAUUGGCUGCAUAUUUGCUGAGCUAUUGACUUCAGAACCUAUAUUUCACUGUCGCCAGGAGGACAUCAAAACAAGUAAUCCUUUUCAUCAUGAUCAGCUAGACCGCAUUUUCAGUGUAAUGGGAUUCCCUGCAGAUAAAGACUGGGAAGACAUAAGAAAGAUGCCAGAAUAUCCAACUCUUCAGAAAGAUUUUAGAAGAACAACAUAUGCCAAUAGUAGCCUCAUAAAAUACAUGGAGAAACACAAAGUCAAGCCUGACAGCAAAGUUUUUCUUUUGCUUCAGAAGCUUCUUACUAUGGACCCUACAAAGAGAAUUACCUCAGAGCAGGCUUUGCAGGACCCCUAUUUUCAAGAGGAUCCUCUGCCUACGUCAGAUGUAUUUGCUGGCUGUCAGAUUCCAUAUCCAAAAAGAGAAUUCCUCAAUGAAGAUGAACCUGAAGAGAAAGGGGAUAAGAAUCAGCAGCAGCAGAAUCAGCAUCAGCAGCAAACAGCACCUCAGCAGCAGGCGCAGGCAGCGCCGCAGCAGCCGCAGCCGCAGCAGCAGAACAGCAGCCAGACCAACGGGACGGCGGCGGGCGCCGGCGGGGCAGGCGGGGGCGCGGGCGCGGGGCUCCAGCACAGCCAGGACUCCAGCCUCAGCCAGGUGCCUCCGAACAAGAAACCACGCAUAGGGCCUUCAGGCGCUAACUCAGGCGGGCCUGUCAUGCCUUCGGAUUAUCAGCACUCCAGCUCACGCCUGAGUUACCAAAGCAACAUUCAGGGAUCUUCUCAGUCCCAGAGUACAAUGGGCUAUUCCACAUCGUCUCAGCAGAGCUCUCAGUAUCACCAAUCUCAUCAGUCUCACAGGUACUGAGGGGCCUGACAGGCUGCACUCAGAAAGAAAUGGACUAGAAGCCAGAAGACUCCAGCAAUAUGAAGUUCAUAACGAUGAGAAGACCAAAAAUACAAACUAUGAUGCAGAAUUAAAAUUCAUGAUGAUAAAAGGAAAACUUCACUCACUGAAGACUUCCCCCAUCCCUGCCCCAUCCCCAUCCCUUUAUUGCCAUAAAGGAGAUUCUUGUGAAGUUUUCCUUCCUUCCUGCCCUUGCAUGUGCUCCAUUGUGGUUACUCUAAUGAACCCUUCUGAUCUGAACCCAGCACUUAACUUCUUUAUCCUUUGGAAUUUUGAAGGAUUCCUGGUGCACCUUCCUUAUGCUGUAGUGAUUGCCAUAAAUCUGUCUUUUCAAUCUCUUUGAUGGGAUUUUAAAGUUUUAAAAUCUUGAACUCCCAGGCUUUCAAGCUUGUAUAUAGUUAGUUUUGUACUAGGCAAACCAGUUUAGCUAUACAGGUAUAUUGCACCUUUUUAAAGCACUAUGUUAUUUUCACAGGAUAUUACUGUUUUGCUCAUGGAUGUCAAGAACAGCAAAAUUUUACUGUUCCAGAGUAUUUUACUAUUCUGUUUUUAUUAGUCUAGUUUUCAGGCAAAGUAUUAAAAAUAAAAAAUUUUAAAAAUUAAUAAAAUGAAAAAAAGAAAAAUGAAAAAAGAAAAAACCCACCCAAGUCUCUGCAGCAACAGAUAUGCUUCAUGCUACUGGACUGAAUGCCAAACAGAAGAUUGCUGAUAUUUCUUAACUCAUUCACAUUGAAUUCUUGAAAUCACAGUGAUCGUGCUCUGACUAGUUUUAAAUUAAGCAUUACUUUAAAUGAAACCAGGACAGUCACAUAAAAAGGAGAUGCUUUCAGGAUCUGUUGGAACAGAAGAAUGGAAUGUCUUCCCAGGCUGGACACCAAAAUAGUCAGGAAAAUGUAUUUACUGCCCUCAAGUCUCAGUAGGAAUGUGGAUGUCAGGCUUUUUCUGUAUUUCUGAGAAGUAGCUUAUUAAUGUGUGUGAGAGUUCUAUAAAUUUAGCUUUCUUUCACAUUCCAGAGUCAGUUCUCAAAACUUAAAGGUGACAGAAAUACUAAGACUUGCAAAAACAAAUGAAUUUAAUCAUUUUAUGUUAGAAUUUAUAAUUAAGAGAAAUUAUUGUGCAGUUUGAAAAGCAUGUUGAAAAUUGUUCCUUUUUGUUGUUUAUUAUGCAUAUUCUGUGUCCCUCACAUUGCUGUGAUUAACCAGAUUAGUUACACCAGAUGCGCUUGAUUGCACUGAAAUGUUUCUUUUUCCCUAGAGCAAACAUGUUUUGAUUGUGCCUAAGGGACUGUAAGUGGAUGGGUAGCUGGCAGAAAAUCCCUAGUAAUUAAGCAAGAGUUCAGAAGCAUAAUCAGAGGAUUAUUGUCCAACUUCUGGAACCACAGUUAUUCAGAGAGACACAACAUGUAAUUUGGGACAGCUUCGUUUUUGCUUCAGCCUUCAGAAAUAAGGCUGACUCCUGUGGCAGAAAACCUAGAGGAAUGCAUUUAGAAAGCUACUGGCAGUGUAACAUCAGAGAGCUUCUACAGCUGGUGUCCAGAGAAGAGGUGACAGGAGUUCAGGUGUAAAUGGUCAGUGGUAACAGAUUUUUAUACUGCAGAGUGUUAUCUUCUGUCCCAUGCCCACACACAAAAAAAAAAUAAAAAAAAAAUGGUGUACCCAUGCACAUUCACACUGAAGUUGUGAUCAGAUGUAGCAGAUGAGUAGGUCUGUUUGCUCUGAGGAGAAUGCUUUUCAUCACAUAUAUGGUUCUACUGGAUUUGAUCUCCCAGUCAUCUUUAGUGCCCCCUUCCUCCUCAAACUCGUGCUGUUUUCCUGCUUUGUGUGAGCAGUUGGCUUGCUUUGGCCAUACCUACCAUCCUGUGAUUUUGACAACACACAGCUGCUCCAGAAAAGCAGCUAAAACCUGCUUUUGUCAUCAAAUGGAUAAGAAGGUGGUGAAAAACUAAAUGAAGCAAUUGAAGGGAAAAAUUAUUUCUGGGGAAAAAUAAUCUCCCAGAGGAUACUUUCAAUGUAUAACCCUUGAAAUGCUACAUUUUAUACAUACUGUAGUACUCUGAAAGGACAGGUUUUAAUUGUUCCUUUAUUUAACUGACUGUGGGGUGACAAUUCUUUCUGUCUCCUCCCUUACUGAUGUUAGGAUGAGGUACUUUUGAUCAAAUGGAUAUUUGGCCUAUGCUAUUAAGUAACACUUCUUUUAUACUUCUGCGAUUUGAAUGUCACAUUUCUGGAAAUUAACUUAUGGCAGAGUGAUUUUUGUCCCCUUGUGUUCUUUUCAUCCGUCUGUUCUCUCAGAAUUAUUUUGUCUUUUCUACUACAGUUAUCUAACAUUUAUUUUCCCUGCUGUGACUUGCAGCUGAUCAUCAAAAUUCAUACAAGAUCAGGAGGUAGCAGGGGACCACUGUUUAAUUAAGGUGGGCUCUUGUGCCAAUAAGGCAAAAUCAUGGUGUAGAUUAAUCUCUGUGUAGAGUGUGAAACUUCACAGCAAUGUAAGGUGCUUUAAUUGAGUGAACUUCCAGCUUCUAGCAUGACUGCCACAACCUCUCUCAGCUGUACUUGGCUUUCUUGUCUUGGUUGGGUUGAUAGAUGACCACAUGCCACUCCUCUCUCUAGCUUCUAUGUGCACAGGUGAAGCUGAGCUGUCUUCUUCUGUUCCUCCAAAUUCACAACUGGGAGGAGAGGGAAUAAAAGCAGCAGCACUGGCUGCAAAAUGUAGGCUCUGCACACUCUUGUAGAUUCUUCCUGGGGGUGAAAUAAUUUGCCUUUUCUUGGGAGCUUGAUGCAUGCUGCCAGGGUUGGUGGCAGUCAUAGUGGAAGAAGACUUGCUGCCUAGGGUUUUUUUUCCCAUGAGGUAAAAAACUCUCUGCUUUCAGAAAUGAAUUGUGCAGUUUGAUGUGGGAAACCAGGACUGUGUCAUUUUUAUGGGGUUUUUUUUUGCCUGUGCAGUUUCUUUAUUACUCAGCUCUGUCUCUGCCCAUAACCUACAGACUCUCAGCAAAGUGUUUCACACCUCUACUGAGAGGUGCAGAGCUGUCUUCUCCAUCCUGGUGAGAGAACAGGCUGCUGAGCACAACUUUUCAUGUCAUGGCUCAGAGGAAACAAACACGUGGGGAAUUAAUGGGAUGAGCAGCCUGGUUCGCGUUGGUGAAGUUUAUGUAGCACAAACUGCACAAUGAAGGAAAAAUAAUAGGGAAAGCUGCGACUCCUGCACUGUAUCUGUGACACUGUAUCUGGGGAGGGGGAGGGAAGUGCAUUCGUAGUGGGAGGGGUGGCGGGAAGCUAGAAGUGUUCAAAUAUGUAUGAUAUUUUAUAUAAACAUAAUAAGCUUAGUUCCCCUUCAUAAUCUUCAGGAAUGGUACUUUAACACCAUUAAGUAAAGAAUUGUUUUAGGAUUAAAUAAAUGUAUUGUACAUAAGGCCAUACGUAAUCUUCUAAAAAUGUCGCCAGACAGGAGCGAUGUGUAUUACAAUAUGAAAAAAGUCCUUAAUGCACUGUUAUCUCCUAAAUAUUUAGUAGUAAAUUAAUGCUAUUUAAUUUUUUUAAAAAUUUGUCUUGUGUAGACACUAAAAAGUAUUACACAAAAUCUGGACAGAAUAUGUCCUUUUUAACAGCAAUUUAAAGAACUUUUUAUAUAUGUAAGGUAGUAACUUUUCAAAUUGUUCUAGUUGUAUAUUCCCAUGUUUACUAUUUGUGGAAGUGUGCCUGUCUCUACUCAGUUUUUUUUUUUCCUAAUAAUUUCAUGCACGCAUCUUUCAUUUUCGCAGUUUCCAUUAGAAAUUACUGUGUAUGCGCCUGGUGCUGCCACAAAACUUUCCUGCUCUAGAUUUGUGGUGGCUGCAUUCAGUAGUGCCCGUGCCAAUGGGCUACCAAAACCACAAAGCAAAAUACUUGUUUCUCAUUCUAGAGUUGAGAGUUUACUGCUUUUAAGUUGUCCUGAUGUCACUCUUGAAAUGACUGUUAAAACUAAGCUAUGAGUUCAUUGCAUUUAUUUUAUAUUCUUGGUUGUAAUGAAAUGGAAUUGACUUUGCUUCAGUGUGAAUUUUUUUAAUAAAAUAAUAUACAUUUGUAAUAAUAAUAAAAAGUUCAAAUCAAAUAAGUGUGCAGAAAAGUUUUUGUAAACAUCAACUCUGGGCUACCAGUAGGGAAAAUACAGCCCACAAAAUUGCAGUUGUAAUUAUAUUCAGGAUGUUUAUGAUAUCUUACACCACAGAAAACAAAGCUUCCAAAGCCUCAGGGUUGAAAUUACAGUUUUUAAAAUGCCCACGAGAAUAUUCACAGCUAUGUGUCUAUCAAAAUAGAAUGAAGCUUUAUGGAAAGCAGGAUUGAUGGAGUGUUCUCUUAGGUUUUGCUCUCCACUUGUAAGCGUAUGGAUCUGCCACACUGAUGACACUUGCUGAGAUUCAUUAUAACUUGCAUGACAAUCCUGUAGAUGCAUUUUCUGAAAAAGAAAGCUGUUUUAGUCUGUUCUGAAAAUAAAUGCUUUCCUGUUUUCUCCUCC